GGGCGGCAGGGGCCGAUGCUGCAGCACCGGGGGUGUGCUGGCACAGCCCAGCAGCGCAGCCGGCCCGUCCCAGCUCCGCGGGCUCCUUCCCUCGCCCCGGCAGGGGCAGGGGCAGGUUCCCUGCCGGUCCCUCCCCUCCUCCGGAACCGCUCCCCGCGUUCCAUCACCCGAGGGAACCUCCUUGUCACCGCCACAGGCCUUCAAGGAAAAGUUACAAACUUCCGAGUUGUUGGUGCCGUGAGGGAGCAGGUGCCUGGAAGGAGGGAGCGAUGUAGGAGGUGGCCGGGCUCAGGGAGAAAAACGACAAAAAAACCCAAAGUGAAGGAGAAAGCCCAGGCCGGCCCCAAGGCAGCUGCCCAAGGAUGGAGUUGGAGUAGCCAAGCCCGGCUGGACGCUGGGGCAGGGGUUGGCGCUCGCACACAUGAAGAGACUCCCCGAGUGGUUUGGCUUCGCCAGGAGAUAAGGCCAGUGGAGCUCCAUGUUUUUAAAGCCAACGCAAAAAUGAUGGCGGCUUACAAUGGCGGUACGUCUGCGGCAGCAGCGGGUCACCACCACCACCACCACCACCACCUUCCUCACCUCCCUCCUCCUCACCUGCACCACCACCACCACGCGCAGCACCACCUGCACGCGGGCUCGGCCGUGCACCCGGUGCAGCAGCAGCAUGCCUCCUCUGCCGCCGCCGCCGCCGCCGCCGCCGCCGCCAUGCUCAACCCGGGCCAGCAGCAGCCCUACUUCCCAUCGCCGGCCCCGGGCCAGGCCCCCGGCCCGGCCGCCGCAGCCCCAGCUCAGGUACAGGCUGCAGCAGCCGCUGCGGUCAAAGCGCACCAUCAUCAGCACUCACAGCACCCUCAGCAGCAGCUGGACGUGGAGCCGGACAGACCCAUCGGAUACGGAGCCUUUGGUGUUGUCUGGUCAGUAACAGAUCCACGGGAUGGAAAGAGAGUUGCACUCAAAAAGAUGCCCAACGUCUUCCAAAAUUUGGUCUCUUGUAAAAGGGUCUUCCGGGAGUUGAAGAUGUUGUGUUUUUUUAAGCAUGACAAUGUACUCUCUGCCCUCGACAUCCUCCAGCCUCCACACAUUGACUAUUUUGAAGAAAUAUAUGUUGUCACUGAGUUGAUGCAGAGCGACCUCCAUAAGAUUAUCGUCUCUCCUCAGCCACUCAGCUCGGAUCAUGUCAAAGUUUUUCUUUACCAGAUUUUAAGAGGUCUGAAAUAUCUACAUUCUGCUGGCAUUUUACAUCGAGACAUUAAACCAGGGAACCUACUUGUGAACAGCAACUGUGUCCUUAAGAUUUGUGAUUUUGGAUUGGCCAGGGUGGAAGAAUUAGACGAAUCCCGGCACAUGACUCAGGAAGUUGUCACUCAGUAUUACCGCGCUCCGGAGAUCCUGAUGGGCAGCCGCCACUACAGCAAUGCCAUCGACAUCUGGUCUGUUGGCUGCAUCUUUGCAGAGUUGCUUGGCCGAAGGAUAUUGUUCCAGGCACAGAGUCCCAUCCAGCAGCUGGACCUGAUCACAGACCUGCUGGGCACGCCGUCGCUGGAGGCCAUGAGGACGGCGUGCGAAGGCGCCAAGGCACACAUACUCAGGGGUCCUCAUAAACAGCCAUCCCUUCCUGUCCUAUAUACACUCUCCAGUCAAGCUACACAUGAAGCAGUUCAUCUCCUUUGCAGGAUGUUGGUCUUUGAUCCAUCCAAAAGGAUAUCUGCUAAGGAUGCCUUAGCUCACCCCUAUCUCGACGAGGGGCGGUUGCGGUACCACACCUGUAUGUGUAAAUGUUGUUUUUCCACAUCCACUGGAAGAGUUUAUACGAGUGAUUUUGAACCCAUCACUAAUCCCAAAUUUGAUGACACUUUUGAAAAGAACCUCAGUUCUGUUCGGCAGGUUAAAGAAAUAAUUCAUCAGUUCAUUUUGGAACAGCAGAAAGGAAACAGAGUGCCUCUCUGCAUCAACCCUCAGUCUGCUGCUUUUAAGAGCUUUAUUAGCUCCACGGUCGCCCAGCCCUCCGAGAUGCCGCCGUCUCCGCUGGUGUGGGAGUGACGUGGGGCUCACGUACUACUGAAGAUGUAAUGUAGCUUUCCACUGGAGCCUGGGAUUUGCAAUUCUGGAGGUUAAUCAUGCUUGUACUGUAAUUUUACUAAUGAAGUUUUAAAAUAACAACCACUACUUGUACAAUAUGAAUAAUAUUUAGAAAUGUACUAGACUUUUAAUCUUGUAAAGUGGUUGUGCUUUUAGAAGAAAAUAUUUUACCCAGAGUUGCACGUGUUUUAUGAAUUCUAGUGCAGCUGUGAUGGCUCAGCUCAGAACAAACAGAAUUGAACCAAAUUCGGGGAGGUUUUUUCUUUUUUUCUUUUUCCUUUUUCUUUUUUUUUUUAAUUGAAGUGAGAUUGUACAAACAGAUAGACAUACAUUUUGAUAUUGAGCCAUUCCUGGAGAUUUUGGGUUUUCUAAAACUAAGGAAUACAGAAAACUUGACUGCGACCAAUCAUGAAGUCCCUUUGGGGGGUUGUGACCACGGGAAGUGGCCACGUCCCCUGAUGCCCAAACCCUAUAAAUAGCUUCUCACUAGAGCUGUGAUGGUGAUGUGUGCUGUUCUAAAAUCAAAUGUUGUGAGUAGAGAGAAUGAGUUUGUGACUAGGAGAGAUGAAACUUCUGUUUCCUUACCCAGUAUAAAUAUAUAUAUAUAUUUAAUCUAUUUUUAUUAGAAGUUUUUCUGCUCUUUCUUACAUAAAACCCCCCAGCAUGCAUCUUCUAUGUGUGUAAAUAAUUCCAUUUAUGAGCUAAUUUCAGAGAUCCCUGACAUCAUUGCUGUAUAGAGAGAAACUAGCUUGCACAUUUUAGGUCUGUGAAAUUUUGUGAGAACUUUUUCCUGCACUGGACAGUUGAGAGAAAAAAAAAAGAAAAGGACAAAAAAAAGCACAUAGGGAAUUCUGUUAAUUGUGUUUGUGUCUUUAGGCAAAGCUGUGGAAGUCUUGAAAUGUCACAGUAGUAAAUAACUUUUAUUACUUUUUGGCUAAUUCUUUUUCUGUUGGAACACUGAAUUCUGUGCAUAUGUAUAUAUGAACACAAAUUGAAGGCCUCUACCUCCUGGAGUAUACAACUUGGUUUGUUUACCUCCACAUGAUUUUUUUUUUUUUAAGUUCAGUGUGGAGACUUGAAACUUGAAUGUCCCUUCCAACUUUUGUAUUUAAAACAAGACUAGAAAAUUGAAGACUGUUUUUCACCUGUACAAAGGAAUACUAAAGGGUGGUCUUAAAAUUUGAGCCUUGGUCUGGAGAGAAACCGUGGUGUUUGUUAUGGACAAUUAACUGUUAAAGUUAUUGUAAGUUAUCUGUAUUUAGCAGAGUAUUUUCAACAAGAGUGAUCUGAGCUGGAAUUGGAGACUAUUAGUAAGUUAUGUUUGGAAGUUUUAACUUCAAUGAAGUAAUUAUUUGCUGUGAAAGAGACAAACAUUGAAUAACUGAACAAAGAUGGUGCAAUAUCUUUGUUUUUUAUGAGGCUCCUGAGAAUAAAACCAACAGAAGCAUUUCAAUUCACUUGAAUGAGAAACGUGUUUAAUUAACGAGCCCCAGAAGACACUGGUAUGAAAGGUAAAAUCUCAGAGGUUGGUCAGUUAAUGUGGCACACUUGCUGGUCACUUUGUAAAAUGUAGAUUUGGAGUACAGUGGUGAAAACAUUAAAUGUGACAUUUGAAACCACA